CCUUUAAGGCGAUAACUGCCUUUUCUCGAUUUCCAAAAAUGGUUUAAGUUACUAGGGCACGCCACCAUUAAUGAUUUUUCGUUUCCAAGACAAACCCUAUUCCUAUUAUAAAUAGGAGAUUGUUUACCUUUGAUCUCUCCUCAAGAAACUUCAUAAUUCAUUCGAUAAGCACCAUAUCAAUGGAAAACGAAAACGUAGUCCCCAUUGAUCCUGGCAGCCCGCUUUUUCUGUCCGGCGAUGGAUUCGAGCCGACAGGUAUUCUCUUCCUGCACGCCGUGUUUCACUUCCCUUCGAAGGAAAAGAAAGAGGCUUGUGAUUUCCUGGAUAAGGUCGUUGACAAGCACCGUUGCUUGUGUGACGAGAGGCAGCGGCUAGGUCUCAAAAGACAAACACUAGAGGCUUGCAUCGCUCGUGUGGAGAGGAAGAUAAGAGCUCUGGAAAGUGACCCCUUUCAAUGGGAAUGGCGGAACUUUGAUUCUGUUGCUGAGAUCCCGAAGAUGCUCCGGAUGUAUCUCCGUGCUAAGGGAGUUCUGGGGCCCGUGAACGCCCCGGUCUAUACCGCUCCAUCUGAUAGCGAAGAAGAAGACGAGGAGGAUGCCAGCACCUGUCAGAAACGCGUUCGGGAUCGGCCCGAAGUGGAUGCCAAGAACAAGGCGUCCACUUCGGAAAUUAAACCGGCGAUGAAGGAGCCUGUUCCUGAGCCUCUUCCUUUAAUGUUCCCUAACUCUGCUCCCAUUUUGAACUCGUAAUGGG